GGGAGUGGAUUAAUCACUUACUCUGUAAUCAUAACUCCAUCCAGCCUUUUUGGUCAUGGUUUGAUAGAAUCGGUGUGUUGCCAGCUUUGCGGAAUCAAUGGGCCUGCCCCUGUAAAUCAGAGCUGGACGAGAUACCACACACCAAUUACAGCACUGACCAGGCCACAGGUAAUAUAAUGAAAUGACAACAUCUUGUGGCCUGUUCCUGGCUAUCUGCUGUCCCUAGGAACCCUGAUAAGGUUGCCCUUGUGUGCCUAACUCCAUUUGUAUGACAAGAAGGAGGGUCGUUAAGCAGAGUUGGACCAAUGGUUUAAGGAAGUCACGCGAGGAAAUGGGCCUGGGACUCAUUGCUACCAUAAACACCAGUGCUAGGGAAGUACUGGAGAAGGAUACAUAGGUUUAAAGUUAGAUGUGAUACAUUUAUGGAGUUUAUUAGGGAGAGACCAUGGAGCUGUAACUCAGCCAGCACACUUUAUCAUGGACAAACAAUGUUAAUAUGACAUUCAAGGGUCGUAUUUGUAUUGUAUCAAAGAGAAAGUUGUAAUAGUCUGUGCUGUCAUUGUCAGUGGACAUUUACCCGCCGGUCAACAAAGUGUUUGUCCUCUUAUACAAAACCAGCAUUUAAAGGCCCGAACAGGUAAUUGCUGUGCAUAUGUUACAAGUAUAAGUUGGCUUCGGUGGAAUGUAUCUAAGAAAAGUGGUGGUCAUGUGGUAGGAAUUUACACCUGUGCUACAGGUGAGAAGACGACUUGUGACAAACAGACCUAAGUGGCAUCUGUUGAUUACCAUAGUUCUGGUUCACUGUUCUGCUGGUAUGUGUCUGGGCCUGAUGUAGCUAAUGAAUAAAUUGAUGUUACAUCAGCAGGUCGUGACAGGAUGCUGAUGUUUUAGGCAGAGUGUUUGUACUGAUCAUCUUGUCUGCUGCCUCCUUAGCAUGUGACCAUCCACCUGGACAGGUGUUGUCUGCCUGCUGAGAGCAGAACUCCAUCAUACCAUAUGACUGUAUCACACUUUACCUGACUAGCUGAUUCAGAUCUUACUGUUUCCAUGGAAUCAAAAACAGAGCUAAAUAUGGAUAAGAUUUCUCUUAUUCCUGAAAAUUUUAUAGCUGCUGGGAUUAAACUGACGCACAAGUGAUCUGAUUCUUGGUGGAUAGUACUACUGUAUGAUGAUAACCACAGCGGUAUACCAGGAGAAUCAGUGAGAAAGAGUCCAUGGUGUGGUCAGGGGUUUGUUGGGAUGGGGACAGAUGUACUGGUGAGAUAUGUGCCCAUGUCCUACCCCAAAGACAAUCGUGAAGUGCGCAGUGCUGAAGUUAGCUGCAUUAGCAGGGGAGGGCUGGAUCGCGCCCGUGUCUCCCUCCCCUUGUACAAACGGCACUAUGGCCUCUCUAAGGCCAUUGUCUGUGUCAGUGCCAAGAUACACAGCAGAAGAAGAGGCUUGGCAUCCGUAGUACCAGGUGUCCUUGAUAUCAACCAUAUGGGCCUUCCCCCAGAUUAUCUGUCCAGUGUAGAAAACGCUAUCACAAACUACCAUGGAACACCAAGCAGCAGUGGACGGUCAUCUCCCACCAUCACAGAGACACAAAGCAACGCUUCAAGUGCCCACGGUGGCUGGACGACGGGCAACACAACGGAGAGGAGCUCUACAGACUCAAACUACUCAUGGGAUGAGUUUGACAAACAGGCAGCCAAAACUGUACAAUGCCUGUUUGACCAGAUCGACUCUAUGCUAUUCGAGCAGAAUGUAGAAGGACCAAGUUAUAUACUCAAAGAGUGCAAGGAAUGGAAUCUCAAAUUUCCUCAUUUACGGAUCCUGGGCAGCCAACUGUUCCAUCCACAGGACAUGGGGUUCCAGGCGAUAGAGAGAGAAGGUUCACGGCCGUCCACGGGCAGUAUGGGACUGGUGGAUAUCACAGACCAGGAAAUGGUCACCACGCAAGACAUACACAGUCUAACACUGUCAGGACAGCGUAUACGACCCCAGCAGCCCCCUCUGGAGGCCCGAUCCUACCACUCGGGUAUGUCAACAUCGAAUUCCACAUCUGAGUACACACACUUGGAGGAGGAGAUCUUCAGCCAGGAGGGCGAGUAUGAGGAGAUCAUUGCCAUAGACUACGUAGACAUAUAUGAUGAUGAUUAUAACCUAAAGAAGCAGCUUACGCCCCGGCGCCGGCGGGUCGGCUACCCACCCAUCACCCCUAAUGCUUGUGUCAAGGAUGCAGUAAUGAGCUCAGUAUUUGACAAUAUGUGGCAAGAGAUUUUAGAAUGGAUGAGGAACAUCAACCGGCAGUAUUCAAUCCUUGUACUAGAGGAAAGUAAACCGUCCCUCCCUGUAGCCGAUAUGACUUUAAAUAUAUCCUCAUCUAACCACAUGCAGCUGCCUCCAUCCCGGGAACCCUCCUUCUACAUACACAGGAUGCCAAGAUCCUACACAACAAUGGGCGUGUCUAAGUUCAGUACACCACAACUGGAUGAACUUCUCCAGAUCUCACGGAAAGAUCUUAUUACUAGGGAGAAAUCAUUGUUACAUGACCCGACAGAUCCUCUUACUGCUCGGCCAGCCUCUAGUAUUCAGCCAACCCACAAGAAUCAGAAUCGGCCGAACACAAGUAUAACGGCAGGGGGCAACAAAUUUAUAUCAGGCUCUCGUGGCCUGGCCAAUUCUAGGUUAUUACGACUGGCCCCUCUGGAUCAAAGGUCACGCACCCCUAAUGUGGAUGAUGAGCGGACAGGUCCCAAUGGUGCUCUCAGGGUCACACGAAUCACUCCUCAAAACGACCUCACCUUCCAGAGGAAUGGUGCUCUUCCCCCACUUACCUCCGAGAUUGAGCCAAGUCCUUCAAUUUCACGAACACAGCAGAAAAUACACAGUGCCAGUAAUAGGGCCAGCAGUGCGGUGGACAAGGACAUCAGGGCUCCUCACCGGAACCAGUACAUUAUCCCUGUCGACACACGACCGAGCACCACCCAUGCGAUGAGGUCGGACACACCUUUAGGCCAGGCCAGGCGGGCAUCCACGCCCUUUGGAAUCAAUAAUAUCCCUGCCAGAACUUUAGGAGAUAGGGCGUUGCUGGGUAUACAUGGCAGUAGUAUCCAGCCGUCCAAUGACAUCAGUCAUCUUGGUCACAUGCAGCCAGAGAUACUGGAGGAGGGCCUGGACGACGUGGGAAGUUUUCCAAACCAAUGGAGUCCGAACCAACUACUAUUCUCUCCUAAAUCACCCAAACCUCUCGAGUUCUGAGCCCCCUCACCCCCAAGUCACCAUAACCCAUACCGAACCCUCAAGUCACGCCUGGUCAAGUCAUAACCAUAUCUCUGUUGGCGGCAUCUUGGCCGUCAGCGGUCAUCGUUGUGUAGGACAUAUGGACUCAUCUACAGAAUUAGUGCCAAAUUUGUGAAUAGUGACUUAGCCUGUAUAGUGGAAACUGGUGUGACAAUUCCCCCACAACCAUGUACUGGCCUCUAGGAUCAGUCCUUUCACAACCAGGAGCUAGUGUCAAGGUGUGGCUGCCAACAAGCAGGUACUGGUGUCAAGGAUCAGCUCACAGUCAUGUACUAUGCCUGGCAAGGAGCAACACACAUCAGGAUCAGCUCUCAACCAGGUACUACUGUAGACCUGGUGGCAAUAAUCAGCUCACAACCAGAAACUGAGGUGUGUAGGCCUUGUGGCAAGAAUCACAACCAGGCAUUAGCAUGGCCUAGCAAGGAUCAGCUCAUGUUAAAAUCAGCUGUCAACCAGAUACAGGUGUAGGCCUAGCACGGAUCAGCUCACAUCAGAAUCAGCUCUCGACCAGGUACAAGUGUAGGCCUAGCACGGAUCAGCUCUCAACCAGGUACAAGUGAAGGCCUAGCACGGAUCAGCUCACAUCAGACUCAGCUCUCAACCAGGUACAAGUGUAGGCCUUGCACGGAUCAGCUCACAUCAGAAUCAGCUCUCCACCAGGUACAAGUGUAGGCCUGGCACGGAUCAGCUCACAUCAGAAUCAGCUCACAGCCUGGUGAAGGUGUAGGCCUAGCACGGAUCGGCUCUCAACCAGGUACAAGUGAAGGCCUAGCACGUAUCAGCUCACAUCAGAAUCAGCUCACAGCCUGGUGAAGGUGUAGGCCUAGCACGGGUCAGCUCUCAACCAGGUACAAGUGUAGGCCUUGCACGGAUCAGCUCACAUCAGAAUCAGCUCUUAUCAGAAUCAGCUCACAGCCUGGUGAAGGUGUAGACCUAGCACGGAUCAGCUCUCAACCAGGUACAAGUGAAGGCCUAGCACGGAUCAGCUCACAUCAGAAUCAGCUCACAACCUGGUUCAAGUGCAUGCCUGGAAGUUUGAUCAGCCUAUAAUCAGCAGCUUUACUGUCUGACCUAUCAAAGUCACUGGACAACUUCACAUCUGGUUAGUUGGACAUGUUCACAUCAGAUCAACAAGACAACUAAAGUGUAAUCCUUGUCACCUAGAAAACUACACACAUGGACAUGCUGUCAUCUCUAGAAAAACCUGAGUUUGCUGGUCCCCUGGAAUACUGAUACUGACAAUAAGCCAGGACAGUGUGCUGGCCUGUGAUUGUUAACAUGUGAGCUCUAUAAGAGACUGGACUGUGGGCUUCACGGAAAGCUGGAUGUUCUGUUAUUGUUGUAGCCCAGGCACAAAACCAGGCUUUGUUAUAUUGAUACAGUGUAUAAUAGACUUGGUGUGUCUCUGGUGUAGCUUAACAUUGACACAAGUUUCAUUUGGAUACAUGUGCCAUAUGGCUGUGUAAGGGAGAUAACACUGCAACUCGGAAACAAUCGCCAACCCCCUAGACUGGAUCCAGGGUUAGACACUGUAGUAAUGGGAUGCUUAAGUGGACAUUUGCCUGGCAGCUGCUAAAUAAAUCACGGAAACAAUUUAUUUACUCAUUCUAACUGUCUGCAAGUUAAGGAUGAUUGUCAUAACUUAUAUCAGGUACGACAUAUAUUGAAAAAGACAUUCUGGGUGCCUUUUUUACAAAAUGAUCAUCAUAUCUAUUGUCUGAAAAGUGUUAAUUGAUUUUUCUGUACAUUUAAUUGGACAUGGACAUCAUCACCUGCAGAUGGCUCCUUGUGUAAUGCUCACUGUUUAGUGUAUAUUUAAGGAAUCACAGUGCGGUGUGAAUUCCAUGAAGAGAUAGGAGGAUGUAUACAGACGCUACUGGUCCUUGACUAUAAACACUUUUUGGUAGUUUGAACUGUUAGUAGGUUUGAAGAGGGAUGCAGACCCUCUUAUCUUACUGGACUGAUAUGAUAGCUGAACACUAAUAGAUAUAGUUAUGAUCACAUGUGAUAUACCGAAGUCCGUCGGAUUGUAUUUUUAUUGCUGGAAGAUGGGAGAGCAACGGAUUAGGCAACACCUUUUGGCUGUUAAUAUAAUGCCGAAAUUUGUAUGAACAAAUUAUGACUGAUGUUCUGUGAUAUGUGCUUAAAUUUAAGAAUAUUAUGUUUUUUAAGUUUUCUUAUUUUUAAUGAUCAUUUGUUUAUGCCUCAUCCUGUAAAUAUGUAAAUAGUGUAAAUAGUUGUAGUAGUGAACUGUUGUGAUCCUGCCCUGUGGGAGGGGCCGUGGUGUACUGCCCCUACCCAUGGCUAGAGACAUCAGUGUGCCCUUUCUUCCCAUGGGUGGGGCUGUGAUGUGCCCCUGCCUAUGGUUUGGACUUUGGAUAACUGUUGUGUUUGUGCCCUGAGGGCUGCAUGGCAGCAAGCCCCAGGUAAAAGCAUACUGUAGACAUAAUACUGCCUACUUUAUACCUCAGUGAUACAGCUUCUCACUCAUGUGUGUGUGUCACAGUGAAUCAGAAUGUUUGUAUGUGGGAGGGUUUGUAGGGAGGAAUGUGUUGUUGAGUGGGAUGUGUUGUAAGAGGAAUGUGUUGUGGAGUUGGAUGUGUUGUAAGAGGAAUGUGUUGUGGAGUGGGAUGUGUUGUAAGAAAAAUGUGUUGUUGAGUGGGAUGUGUUGUAAGAGGAAUUUAUGUGGAGCGGGAUGUGUUGUAAGAGGAAUGUGUUGUGGAGUGGGAUGUGUUGUUGAGUGGGAUGUGUUGUAAGAGGAAUGUGUUGUUGAGUGGGAUGUGUUGUAAGAGGAAUGUGUUGUUGAAUGGAAUGUGUUGUAGGAAGGUAUAUGUUGUAAAGAAGGAUCUAUUGUAGGUACAUAAUUAUUUGUAGUAUUUAAACUUGGGUUUAUGUUGUUUUGCAUCCAUUUAGCUAAUUUGCUUAUGUCAGAGACAAAAAUUAACAUACUUUUUUUUUUGAGAGGGAAACGAAAUAAGGGAGGGGGCUUUAUUGCAGGCACCUGUUACCAGGAUAUUUGCCAAAGUGGGAGGUGUUUUUUUGGCGGUCAAAUAUGUUAAAAUGUCAUGAAGGGAGGUGGGUUUUACAGAAGAAUGUGUUGUAUUGAAGUGUGUCAGGAAGGUAUGUAUUUUAGAGGGGUGUAAAGAGAAAUGCUAUUUGGAUGUUUUUGUUGAAGGAAGAAUGUGUUGCAGCAAGGUAUAUUUAGUAAGGGAGGAAGUUUAAGUGAGAGAUGCAUCAUGUUUUGUAGGAAGAACGUGUUGCAACAGACACGUGUUGUUGGUAAUAUGUGGUGUAGGAGUUAUUUGUUUUAGGGAGGAGUGUGUUGUUACAAUGUAGGGAGCUAUGUGCUGUAUGGAGAAGGAUUGAUAAAGAUGGAGUUGUGUUCGAGAGAAAUGUGUGGUAAGGAUGGAAGUAUGAGAGUUCCAUUGACUAUAAGAGCAGGGUCCAUUUAAUUUAUUUGUCAUAUCUUCAGAAUUUUCAAAGUGACGUGCUGUCACAAAUGUAUCAAACUGACACAUGCUUGCAAAUUUUUCAUUUAAUCUUGGAAUAAUCAGAUUUUUAUUAAAGUAACGUGGAUUGAGAAUGUACCUUAUGAUGUGGGGAGGAUACUUCAUUUAUUACAAUACACAUACAUUUUAUUUUGUAAAUGGCUUUCUCCUCCACACCUCUACAUGUGACCAAUACCUGCGAAACAUAAGGUUUUCUGACACCCUAAAUCGAAAACAGGCAAAGAGCAUUGUUUUUUUUAGAUUACAUUAUUUUGUUCAAUGGUAAGAAAUCACAUUUUUGGGAGUGUGGAACAUUUAAUUUCAAAUUUUUAAUUGAUAAAGAUAAGAGUUUUUCUUUAAUAUAUACCAAGCUAUGAAAGUUUUGCUCACUGUUUCUCAGGCAAGCACAAAAUGAUAUCUUGGCUCACAAAUCUCAGGUAUGUGUGAUAUUCUCAUAAGAUCAGGUUUCAAUAUGCCUUGUGUGUGUAAAUAUUUACCCAUCAUAGACCUCAUUUAUUCGAUAAUGCAAAAUUAAUUUUGUUACAAUUUGGUAGACUAUAUAACAAGGAAAACAAUGCUUGAUAUUUAAUAGCUUCAAAUUCUUAGUCAGGAGAAACUGUUGUUUACAUUUAAUGGGAGGUGAAGGCUGUACAUUGUCAGGUUAAUGAAGAGUCCUCUUAUUAUGAUUUUGAUUUUUUUUUAUGGUUUGAUCCACAACAACGUUAGAUGAAUGUAAAAGUUACCAAAGGUGAUUCGUAAGUUGAUUGAAGUAGGCAUAUCAUGAGAUCAUUGAAAGAUAACUAUUUGUAAACAAAAGUAUGUGGUAACAUUUUAGGGCUGCCAAUUUAAGAUCAUGACAUUUAAAUUAAGUUUAUAUGUAAUUUAUAUAUUGUGUACUUCAAAAUAGUACCAAUAAGAGAAAAUGUUGGUUAUAUCAAGGCAGGUAAUAAUUUGACAACUUUGUUACCUUGGAAAUGUCUCAAGUUAUCCUUGUAUCCUUGGAAAUGUCUCGAGUUAUCCUUGUAUCUGGAUAGCUUAUGUUGAUGCAUCCAGGUAUUAUCUGGUUUCGAUGCAUCAAGUUGUUCUUGAAUACCUUGUGUCGAGGUGGCCUUGGAUACCUUGUGUCGAGGUGGCCUUGGAUACCUUGUGUCGAGGUGGCCUUGGAUACCUUGUGUCGAGGUGGCCUUGGAUACCUUGUGUCGAGGUGGCCUUGGAUACCUUGUGUCGAGGUGGCCUUGGAUACCUUGUGUCGAGGUGGCCUUGGAUACCUUGUGUCGAGGUGGCCUUGGAUACCUUGUGUCGAGGUGGCCUUGGAUACCUUGUGUCGAGGUGGCCUUGGAUACCUUGUGUCGAGGUGGCCUUGGAUACCUUGUGUCGAGGUGGCCUUGGAUACCUUGUGUCGAGGUGGCCUUGGAUACCUUGUGUCGAGGUGGCCUUGGAUACCUUGUGUCGAGGUGGCCUUGGAUACCUUGUGUCGAGGUGGCCUUGGAUACCUUGUGUCGAGGUGGCCUUGGAUACCUUGUGUCGAGGUGGCCUUGGAUACCUUGUGUCGAGGUGGCCUUGGAUACCUUGUGUCGAGGUGUCCUUGGAUACCUUAGGUCGAGGUGUCCUUGGAUACCUUGUGCUGAGAUAUCCAGAUGUCCUUGGAUACCUUGUGUCGAGAUAUCUCGAUGUCCUUGGAAACCUUGUCCUUUGAUACCUUGUUGUUUUUCCCUGGCCUUCACACAUCUACCAUGGUAUUGUUGUUGUGUUCUCUGUGGUACCAGCAGAGAAUGUAAUCUGAACCUUGUAGAUGAUACCAACGAAUUGUCAUUCAAUGAAUACACAAUGAUAGCAGUAAACAUAGACUUGGUCAGAGGCGAAUGUCUUACUGAGUAGUGUUUCUAAAAGACUGUUACAAUUCAUCUACAUAAUCAUGCUUCAGUGAGUAAAACCUACCAGUGACAGACUAUUUAUAAGGAGUGAGAGAUAGUGCUGUAUGUGCGAAGGAACAUUUAUUAUCAGUAGAUUUACCAUUUAUGUACUUUUUCCUUAUCGUUUUCCAUGUUUUAUGUGAAUGUUGUCUGGACAGUGCUAAGUAAGAAGCCAUAUUACAUUUAUGAAUGAAAAAUCUUACCUAUUGACCUCAAGUUCACCAUAACAUAUUCAGAUCUACCCAUUAUUCUGCCUUCAGACACUUGAUAUGGAUCAAAACUAACGACAAAGAGUUGGCAGUCUUGCACUUCUGUAGCUUAAAUAAUGUUUUGUGAAUUUGAAGUCUUUUCACAUCAAAAAGACAUCUUGACCCUGUUCCUAUCCAUAGUGACAGCUGAGGUGUUCCUGAAGAUGUCAAUAUUUUUUUUAUGAAAAUCAACAUUGAACGUGUUUCUAGGGAUUGAGAUAAUCGAAAUGAUCCCAGGGAAAUUGACAGUCCAUGUGUUCCUAGGGAUAAUGACAGUCUAGGUAUUCCUAGGGAUAGUGACAGUCUACGUGUUCCUAGGGAAAGUGACAGUCUGUGUGUUCCUAGGGAUAAUGACAGUCUAGGUAUUCCUAGGAAUAGUGACAGUCUAUGUGUUCCUAUGGAAAGUGACAGUCCAGGUUUUUCUAGGGAUUAUGACCGUCAAAGUAUUCCUAGGGAUAGUGACAGCCUAUGUGUUCCUAGGGAUAGUGACAGUCUAUGUGUUCCUAGGGAAAGUGACAGUCCAGGUGUUCCUAAGGAUAGUGACAGUCUAGGUAUUCCUAGCUAAAGUGACAGUCUACAUGAUCCUAGGAAUAGUGAUGUCAAGGUGUUCCUAGGGAUAGUGACAGUCUUCUUAAGGAUAGUGACAAAUAAUGUGUUCCUAGGAAUAAUUAAUAUGUUGAUUCUAACAGGUCCUAGUCAUACCAGGUUUACAAACACACACCUGUGUGGCUGGGUAUGUCAUUUCUGACAGUCUAAUACAGGAGAGAAUCUCAUUCCAAAUCAAAUAUUUACAUACGUCAUAUCUGGUCAGAUUGUAGUAUAGAUAAUAUAACUCUUAUUUUAUGUAAAAAAAACAGAUGUAUGUAUAUGUGUAUUUUUCAUUUUAUUAACAAUAUGUGAUUCUUUUAGGUAAAUGUGGGCUAACAGGCUGCCUCGGUGGCGAUUGGUCCUUGUGACAGCAGUAGGUGGUGUGUCGAGACUGGUGUAGGUACAAGAAACGUACCACCACCUCUAGGCUGGUUCGGGUACAAGAAACAUACCACCACCUCUAGGUUGGUGUGGGUACAGGGAAGGUACCACUACCUCUAGGCUGGUGUGGGUACAAGAAAGGUACCACCACAUCUAGGCUGUUGUGGAUACAAGAAACAUACCACCACCUCUAGGCUGGUGUGGGUACAAGAAAUGUACCACCACCUCUAGGCUGGUGUGGGUACAAGAAACGUACCACCACCUCUAGGCUGGUUCGGGUACAAGAAACAUACCACCACCUCUAGGUUGGUGUGGGUACAGGGAAGGUACCACUACCUCUAGGCUGGUGUGGGUACAAGAAAGGUACCACCACAUCUAGGCUGUUGUGGAUACAAGAAACAUACCACCACCUCUAGGCUGGUGUGGGUACAAGAAAUGUACCACCACCUCUAGGCUGGUGUGGGUACAAGAAACGUACCACCACCUCUAGGCUGGUUCGGGUACAAGAAACAUACCACCACCUCUAGGUUGGUGUGGGUACAGGGAAGGUACCACUACCUCUAGGCUGGUGUGGGUACAAGAAAGGUACCACCACAUCUAGGCUGUUGUGGAUACAAGAAACAUCCCACCACCUCUAGGCUGGUGUGGGUACAAGAAAUGUACCACCACCUCUAGGCUGGUGUGGAUACAAGAAACGUACCACUACCUCUAGGCUGGUGUGGGUACAGGGAAGGUACCACUACCUCUAGGCUGGUGUGGGUACAGGGAAGGUACCACCACCUCUAGGCUGGUGUGGGUACAAGAAAGGUACCACCACCUCUAGGCUGGUGUGG